AUGGCUAAUAUUUACGCAAUAUCAAUAUUUGCGUCCCUUUUACUCCAAGUGCUAGCUGAAGAGACAGCAACGUCGAAAACACGACCAGCUACCGACAGAUUCGUGAAGAUAUUAGAAGGAUUGGGCCUAGAUUUUCAGCAGGAUAGCAGCCUCAUCGAAGCUCCCAGUUUCCUUUCAUCAUUAUUCAAGCAAGAUGAAAACGAUGAAGGUGGAGGUGGACUCUUUGAGAAAAUCGCCCAACCCCUACAAGGAGGAACGCUAAACGACAUCAUAGUUCCCGUGCUGCCCUUCUUAAAGCACGUGCUCACGUUCGUAGUGGUGCCCAUGGGUCUGGAAGCGCUGAGUCUCAUCACGCUGGUUCCAGUAAUGACUCGAGCCAUUCCCGGGGUGAUCGACUAUUUCUUCAGCAAACCGCAACCUACCGUACAAUACAAACCGAUACAUCACUUUAGACCAGCCCGCCCUUAUCACCACUUCGCAGCCAGCAACAUCAGACCCUCAACUGUGUACCCGCCCUUUCAAAUCAGCAACAUUGAAAGACCAUAUAAACAUAGAGAUUGGAACCAAUAUAAUCAAGUACCACCGAAUCCUUACCCAGAACAAAGUCACAAAACAACCCACGAUUACGAAAGAGAUAAACAUCAGAUUAUUUAUCGUCAAAAUAAUAAUAAUAAUAUUAAUCUUUACGCGCAUAAAGAACCCAAUAGAAUCAGAAAUAAAGUCGUUUAUAAAUACGAAGAUGAAUUUAAACUUUUAAAUCAAUCAACAAAGCCAUCAAGAAUCAAUCAGCCAAAUAAACUUAGCCGACCGGAUUCAGCCGACAGGAAUACAGAAUUAAAAACGAAAAUAUUCCCUAAUAGCCCUACGAAAUACUUUAAUAAGGAUUCCAAGGAUGGUUACUUCCACGUUCCAGUCGAAUUUGACAACUGGCAGGCUCUGACAGCGACUGCUAAAAACCAUUCUAAUGUCAAACCCAGCAAAGACAUGAAAGAUAGAUUAAAAACUAUAGCCGAUAUGAGUUAUAAAAAAGUGGCUAACAGAUUCAAAGUUCAAGGAGACGGUGGCAUAGGACCUUUCGUUCUUGAAAGCUCUUCAACUGAUGACAAAACUCCACCAAAUAAUGGUAAUUACAAAAGAAAUAAUUCGAAAAGAAAAGGCGUCGCUUUUGAAGCCACGACUGAUUUGUAUUCAAAAUUCUACGGGCUUGAUGAAGAGGCAGAAAAAAAGUAUGGAUCCAGUGGAAUUUCGUAUACAGAAUACGAGAUAGGACCAUUGGAACUCGCCUUUAAAAUGAACAAGAGCUGACCAAGAAAUAACAUAAAGAAAA